AUGCGCUUCCUCUACCCGAUGGCGAGACGCUCGGCGGCGGCGUACACGAUGCACAAUGUGACUGUGCCCGAGCCCUACGACUACCUCGAGGACCCCGAGAGCCCCGAGACAAAGUCGUUUGUGCAGGCACAAAACGCGUUGUUUGAGGACUACCUUGCUGCGGAUGCCGAGCUCCGCAAGAAGCUCUUUGACAAGAUAUCCGAGUCGCAGAAUUACCCCCGCACUUCCAACCCCAGUUAUCGCAACGGGCACUAUUAUUACUACCACAACUCUGGCCUGCAGAACCAGAGUGUUUUGAUGCGCGCGAAGAGCCUCACCGGCGACACCCCGAGCAUCUUCCUGGACCCCAACACAAUGAGCAGUGACGGUACAACUGCGCUCAAGGCCUCCGCUUGGAACGAGGACGAGACACUGUUUGCCUACAGUCUCAGCGACAAGGGAAGUGACUGGCAACACAUCCAUGUGAGGCGUGCCGACACGGUGCAAGAUACUUCAGAUGUAAUUGAAUGGGUCAAGUUCUCUGGCAUUGCAUGGUGGCGCAACCUGGGAUUUUUUUAUACGCGUUACCCUGCGCUGCGGGGUGAUGUAGACAAGGGUGCCGAAACAGCCCAGGCGCAGGAUGCGUUUAUCUGCUUUCAUUGCAUCGGACGUCCCCAAGAGGAGGACGUUGUGAUCCUCUCCGUGCCGGAACACCCACAAUGGAGCCUGGCGGCGGAGGUGUCUGACUGCCAGUCCUACGUCAUUGUCACCCUCUUUGACGGCUGCGAGCCACACAACCUCGUGUGGGUUGCGGAACUUCCAUCGGCCGAAAAGGGGCUUGGCGCCGCACCGCUGGCCUUCACGAAGUUGGUCAAUGACUUUGUUGGCAGCUAUCACUAUUUGGGAAACAACGAGCACACAUUUUAUUUUGUCACAACCCGUGAUGCACCACGAAAAAAACUUAUAUCCAUUGACAUUCGCACCGGACACGAAGAAGUCAUUCUGGAGCAGCAACGUUCCGUGCUAAGCCACGCCGCCCUUGUUAAGGAUGUGCUUCUUCUUGUGUACCUGGAGGAUGUAAAGGACGUGCUGUACUACCGCCGGCUGGGGGAUCCCACGUUAAACAACAUUGCAUUGCCUAUUGGAACGAUCACUUCACUCUUUACCGAGCGAAAGAAGGAUUUUGUGUCGUUUAAAAUUACGUCAUUCCUCCUUCCAGGGCGAAGCUUUGUCCUGGACAUCAACGACCCACAGUCGUCCCUUCGCGUCUUUAAGGAUGACACGGUGGAGGGACUUGUGGUGGAUGAUUUUGUCACGGAGCAGAAGUUCUACAACUCGUCGGAUGGGGCACGAAUCCCGAUGUUUAUCGUUCAUCGAAAAGGCACUGUCACCUCCGCCUCGCCGCUGUUGCUGUACGCCUACGGCGGCUUCAACAUCUCCCUGACCCCCGCAUUCAGCUCCUCACGGAUGGUGUUCUUGAGAAACCUUGGCGGCAUUCUCGCCGUACCGAACAUCCGUGGCGGUGGCGAGUACGGCGAGGAGUGGCACGACGCCGGCCGGCGGGCGUGCAAGCAGAACUGUUUUACCGACUUUAUUGAGGGAGCCAAAUUCCUGCACAGCCAAGGCUACGGCUCCCCCCAGACAACCGCUAUUAUGGGCGGCUCGAACGGGGGGCUGCUGGUUGCCGCGGUGGCGAACCAGGCCCCAGAGCUGUUUCGCUGUGUUGUCUGCCAAGUGGGGGUGCUGGACAUGUACAAGUUUCACAGCUUCACUAUCGGGCAUGCGUGGAAGUCCGAUUACGGUGAUCCAGACAAGGAGGAGGAUUUCAAGGUACUACAAAAAUACAGUCCAUUGCACAAUAUCAAAUCCGCCGUCAAAUACCCCGCCAUCUUGGUGGUGACAGGCGACCACGACGACCGGGUGGUGCCGCUACACUCCCUGAAGUACACGGCAACGCUACAGCAUGCGAAUUCAACCGAGGGUGGGCCUUUCUUGGCGCGCAUUGAGGUGGCAGCGGGACACGGCGCAGGCAAACCAACCAGCAAAAUACUGCGCGAGGCAGGCGAUAUUUACACCUUCAUCGCUAAGAAUAUUCAUGCGUCGUGGAAGGAGUAA